UUCUGGUUGAUUCACCGGUUUACAACAGGAAAGCCAUAUUCUAACAACAAAAAACAAGAACUGAUUCUAAUUAAGGAACCACAUGAUACUAAUAAGGGUUUUUUUAAUUUUUUGCGUUGCCUUACAGUUGCAAUAUCGUUUUAAAAUGGUUUACAAAUCAUGAAGAAGUGUCAAUUGACGAGUACCAAAAGCUAGCAUAUAUAGAAGGAAUUUAUUUUGGAAAAGAUAGAGGACAAAACAGUUUGAGAAAUGGAAUCAGGACAGGAAAUACAAUGCUUGAACAAAGGGACAGAGAUAGAAGAAAGGAAAGACAUUCCAUUCCUAGUCUUCUACAAUGGACAAUUCGAUGAUCGAAUGAAUUAUGAAAAUUAUGAAGCCAGUGGACAUUACAUUUCAGCCAAUUCUAACUAUGAAGAUUUGCAACAGAAACUCAAAGAUGUCCUGGAGUGCAACCAAGAAAACACUGUUUUGCAACUGAAAUAUCAAGUGAAGGAAGGAUACCAACCAUUGAGGAUAAAGGAUGAUCAAAGCCUGCAUUUCUACAUACAACUCAAACUGAAGGACCCCGACUUCACAACAUACCCAUUGUGUGUGAAUGUCAUCCACAACCCAACAACAACCAUCGAUGCAUCAUUCUUGGGAAAUGACAAUUCAUUAAUUACACAUACAAGCGCCUUCCAACCAAUCGAAUACAAUGCAGCAACAACAGAAGACUCAACAAAUCAACAACAUACAAUUGAAGCUACAGUACCGGAAUUUGGGGGAGAAAGUUUUGACUUCAUGGACUAUGCAAAACUUGUGGCAGAGGAGAUGGUUGAGCAACUGGAAAACAACAAAAAAAAGGAACCAGAAAUCACAAAUUACGACGAACUACUAAUCACAGAUCUGCAACAUCCUGAAAUAGAAGAAGCACAAAUAUACAAAGACAAAGAAACACUGCAGAGUGUGCUUGGUUACUAUGCAAUUAGGAGCAACUUCCAAUUUAGAGUUGAUCUGUGA